CACCACCGGGGAGAGCGCUCCGUGAAAGACCAACGCCGCUCCCCCAGUCGAGAGCGGGAUCGCGAGCGAGGGGAUCGGUUCGGCGGCAAGGACGCCCCCGAGGACCUGCAGUUCUCCAGGCACCGGAUCCUCAUAGAGCACGCCAGCGACACGCAGGCCGAGGACCCCCGCGACAGCAUCGUCAUAGACCCCAAUGAUAAAAAACAACACUUGGAUCCCAGUUCGGCGGGCGGCGGGCGGUCGAGGAACAACCGGAAAAAGCUGGAGACCAUGCUGCGGAACGACUCGCUCAGCUCCGACCCGUCGGACUGCGUGCGGCCGCCGCCGCCGAAGCCGCACAAGCACAAGCGCGGGAAGAAGCAGCGGCAGCACAGCCUCAGCAGCAGC